AUUUUAGUCCUCCUUUCAAUCUGCGUCGGAUCCUUCCUAUAUAGUUCAUACUAUACGCGUAUCUCUCUCUCUCUAAAAGUUCUUUUUCUUUUGCACCAUUUUAUUUGAACAAUACUUUUCCUUGUUGGGUAGAGAAGAAGAAGAAGAAGAAGGAUUUGGUGGUUAGUGUAAUCAAUGGAUGUAUAUUCUGGCAAAAGAGCUAAAAAUGGGCUUGUCGCGCCCAGAAGAGGUUUAAGGGAUACUGCUGAUAGCAGAGAUGAAGAUGUUCAGCUGCGCUCACGGCUUGAAUGCAGUGGCCGGCUCAACCAUUUGAAGAGCAGCUGUGUUGGAACUAAAGAGAAAUCCAGAUCAUUUAAACCUACUUCUAAUGCUUCGAAUGGGAAGGAUGUGGUUGGGAGUUCAUCUAGGACAUCUUCAGUGCUGAGUGUAAGAAACGCACGCGAGGGAUCUCACAUAAAAUCUUUCUCUCAAGUUGGAAAUGAUCAGUCAGAAAUUAGCUCUUUGAAUGGUGUGCCAGAAGUUACAGAACAAAUUCAGUCUUCGCCAGAGUAUCAACUCAAUAUUAGUUCAGCAGCGAGAGACACUAGAUCAAGCAAAGCUAGAUCGACAGAAGCAAGACACUCUAGUGGAACAUCCAGUGGUAAACCUCGUAAAAUAGUUUGUCACAAGUCUGGUUCUUACAAUCAACAUACUCCAAUGCAUGCCUCUGUUUCUUCACAAUCUAAAGCCAUUGAUUCUGGAAAGCGGCCCUGUAGCAGUGGGGCUGGAUAUGGGUUGAGAAAUCUAAAAUGUAAGUCCAUAUCAGAUGUCCUCCCAAAUAAUUGUUCGACAUCGGAAUCAAGAUUUAGUAGAAGGGACAUGGUAAAAAGAAGAAAUACCGAAGGUGAAAGUAGUUCAUCUGCUAAAGGGAAGAAAAAUACCAAGGCUUCACAGAGAGAAAAGCAUGUCACUCGUCAAACUCGUGGAAUCUCCAUCUCUGAGUCAAGAAGUGGCAGAAAUUUGGAUUAUAGUGUGAAUAAUCAUGCUUUGUCAGUUCAGACCCGCAGGUCAAUGAAUGUGAAUUCUAGGUUUAGGGGUCCAGUACAAGAUUCAUUGCAAACUGAGUCCUCUGGCUUAGUCCAAAGUUUACAUCGGCCUGAAACGCCAGAUCUCAAUCUGGAGUCAUCAAGCCAAUUGUUCACAGAUGGCUCUUCAUCAAGUGAUUUUAGUUCUUAUAGUUUUCCUGGAAAUGAUAUUGAUGAUUUACCCAGUGUAGUGCCCUUCACUUCUGCCGAACUAGGUAUUAACCGAUUAAUGAACCACCAAGCCUUACAGCGAUAUAACAUGGAUGGAGUUGCUCAGGUAUUAUUGGCACUUGAGAGAAUGGAAGCAGAUGAAGAGUUAACAUAUGAGCAGCUACUUGCAUUGGAGACGAACUUGCUGUUUAGCGGCCUUAACUUCUUUGACCAGCAUAGGGACAUGAGACUGGAUAUAGAUAGCAUGUCCUAUGAGGAAUUACUAGCUCUUGAAGAGAGGAUGGGCACUGUCAGCACAGCUCUGCCGGAGGAGGCAGUAUCAAAGUGUCUUCAAAGAAGCAUUUAUCAAGGCAUGCACUCGGAACUAGGGGCAUUUGGAGGUGAUGGGGAUGAAGCUGAGAUCAAAUGCAGUAUUUGUCAGGAGGAUUAUGUGAUUGGAGAUGAAAUCGGAAAGUUGGAAUGCAAGCAUGGUUAUCACAUGGAAUGUGUACAACAAUGGUUAAAGCACAAGAAUUGGUGCCCAAUCUGCAAGACAUCAGCAGCAGCUUCAUCAAAGCUAACAACAGCACCAUCUUAGUUUAGAUCAAUUCAAACACCAAAUCCGACGAAAAAAUAAAAUAAAAAUAAAUUUAGACACCAAAAUUCCAGAUGUGGGGAAGCUGAAUUGUUUCCUUACUGUACAAGUUCAUCCACAUGGUUGGUUCUAGCAUUUUAUUUUUCUCCUUUUUCCUUGAUUCUUGUACAUUUUGUGUUUCACUUGUAAAUAUUUGACAUUUUAAGCUGUAAGCUCAGGUUUUUAUUAAGAAUGAAUUACAAGGAUAUAAGUAAGCUACUAACUAAAGCCAUGACAUGCUAUGGAACCUCCACCGUGCUGAGGGAGGGGGGACCAAGCAGGGCGCGUCUUUGUACCUCACUGAAGUAAUCCAAUAUGUGGUUCGAAGGUACUUUAUUUCGGUUGUAAAGCUGGUAGAUGGAGAAUGAAAGAGGAUGAGCUGGCCCUUUUGCUCAACUAACCUCCAAAGGACUCAAAAAGUAAUACUACAAAACUAAUGUAUUGGCUAAAUGUGUAAAUAACUUUCCAAUGGGUACAUCCCACGUCCACAGCCUCUCGUACAACUUCCCAAGCACGAAAACACCUCAUAAUCUUUGUAACAUUGAUUGAUUAAAGUAACUCUUUUAAAUGAAAACACACACUUUGGUGUAUAAAACAUUCCUCGUUGAUAAGAUUUGGAGAAAGUCUACAUUUUGAGAUGUGAUGUAGACAAUUUAUCACAAUAUAAGCUUUUUCUACA